AUGGAGCGAAAACUGGAUCUUUCUCGUCUGUCGGACGAAGAAGCAAAACACGUCUGGGAGGUGAUUCAACGAGAUUUUAACCUUCGGAAAAAAGAGGAGGACCGACUGGGCGACUUGAAGACUCAGAUUGAGAAGGAGGACACGAAGCGCGAGCUGCUGGGUUCUCAGAGUCCGCUGUCGGACGCCAUGUGCAUCCGCUGCCUCCAGCCGUUCAAGUUCCUGGUGAACAGCAAGCGUCAGUGUCUCGACUGCAACAUGUUCACGUGCAAAUCCUGCAGCCGCUACAACAAGAAGGAGCACGGCUGGGUGUGUGACAACUGCCGCAUGACCAGGGUGUUGAAGAUCGGCACUGUGGGCUGGUACCAUGACAACGUCAGGAACCGAUUCAAACGCUUCGGCAGCGCCAAGGUCAUGAGGUCGUUGUACAAGAGGCUGAACGGGGACGGUGGUCGUGAUGAUGACACGCAGAGUAUGCCUGACGUCCGUAACUACAUGUGCAACGUUAACGAGGACGACCACGGCGAGUCCGAGGCUCAGCGCUACAAAGUGAUGAGGAAGAGUAAACGUCUGCUGUCGGUUCAUCCGCUCGACUUUGACUCCGAGGAAUAUUUUCCUCAUUCACGACGAACAUCUGUGCAGCAGAUGCAGGAAGAUCGAUUUUACAGGAAUGACGCUGACUAUGACACGUACAAUCACCGUGGCAACCGCAGGAAGAGUCUGGAUCGGUACGCCAUGAGGCCUGAGGACCAUGCGGAGAGCAGGAUGGUUCGGACUCGUUCUCUGUCUAAGAUCAGCUCGUCGGUUGCUAGGCAACAGUACGUUGAUACCUCCGAUGAGGAUGAGUACCCGAGGUACGCCCCCCCCAUGUACCAGCAGCCCCCCCACCGCCGCAAGAACAGUCGAGCGUCGCCUCAGGAGAUCCCGGGACAAGCUCCGCCCAUAAACGAGCUGAGCAAACGCAUGUCGGCCAUCGAGAGUCUGCUGAGUCGUCUGGAGGAGAAGAUGGCGCCCGGCGACGAGGCGCCCACUGCGUCCGCUCACAACGAGGAGGAGAAGCUGCGCAGGAAGUUGAGCGAGUUGGCGGGAAACCUGAGCGAUAAGGGCGUGUCCUCGGACGACGAGAAGAAGCCCCUCCCUCUGGGUAAAGGUGCAGCCGGCGCCCGCGGAGCUGCCGUGACCUUGGGUUCCCUGAAGGUCAAAGAACUGAGCUCGUCCAGUGACGAGGUCCCGACCGAGGCUCAGAAGAGAUCAACUGCCGCCGCCCUCUGUGACCUCACCACUGAGGUCCUGAGAACCAUUAAUGCCACAGAAAACGCAAUGGUCGAGUACGGCCUCUCAGAGCCGAGCGACAGAUCCCACUUAGUAGGGACUGAUGUAAAGCAAGCAGAUGAUGCUUUCAGGGAACUUGAGGAAAAUGUGUACAUCACCGCGGGUCAGUCGUACGAGCUGGAGACAAAACUUCGGAAACUGGAGCAGAGCGCCAAAGAUCAUUUUGGAGGGACGACGGACUCGGAGCUGUCGGAGCUGGAGGACGUGGUGGCGCUCACGGCCGCCAGAGUCCAGGGCGCCGAGAGCGAGGUUUCUGAUAUCGAGAGUAAAAUCGCGGCUCUGAGCGCCGCAGGUUCCAAGAAGAAGACUCCAGGAUCUCAUCAGAGGAAAAGAUCCACUCAGGAUCUGUCCAAAACUAACGGAGCACAGUGGAGAUCCAACAACGUCUACUGA